GAACUUCCUCGCUAGAAGCACACAAGAAAAAAAGUUAGCGUCCGAAAUAAUCUCCGUCCUUCGCCAUGAAAAGUGUGGUCGUGCUUAGUUUGCUGUUGUGCAUUUGCAGUACAGCCUUGUGUGUGCAGGUCAGGGAUGGCGACAAAAGUUUCCCCUUAGAGGCAGUGAAGCAGCUGAAGGUGAUGAUGGAUGACAUCGGGGCGCGACUUGGCCCUCGGCUAGCCCGCACCGGUGCAGUGCCUGCCGUGUGCGCAAACCCAGUCCUGCCUCAGGUGUUCUAUCCCGUGUGCCAAGGCCAGAGCGCUGCCGGGGUCUUCUCCCGACUCGUGAACAUCUUGGUUUCUUCGGACCCGUGUGAAAUAUGCGCCAACCCCUCCUGUUUUGGCUGUCUGCAAUGAGACUGACUUGGCAAAAAAUAUUUGUCACUGCAAAAAAAACAACAGAAUUACCCAAUUCAAUGUUGUUGUUUUUUAUAUACGGUUUGUAGUUUAUAGAAUAAAUGUAUCAUGUUUUUCUUGAUCAACAG